AGCCGAACCAGUCCCGCGCCGAUCUCAUUCACCGUCGUCCACGCGCGCGAUAUUUUAACACGUUCGCUGCCGCUGUUUUGAUAUUUUUUGAAAAAAAACUUUUCGUCGGAUGUUUUUUUGACCACCGUCUUCUUCCCGAUUUGCUGGUUAGUCUGUCCACUCCGGGACGCAGGUCUUACCCCCCCCCCAAACGCUCACUGGUCGUCCGCCGACGGCAUUCCGCUUAUUUUGCUUUACACGUCAAGUUCGACAGUGCGUCACGCAAUGUAUUCCGACAAAGUGGAAGUGCUGCGGUUCGAAACGGAACCGUACAGGAACAAAAACGGCAGCCCGAACAAAAACGGAGUGUUGCUCUACAACAACAACAACAGCAGCAAGAACCACAACAACCCGAAACAUUUCAUCUACCAGUAUGGCUAUCACAACACGUUGAUCGAGUCGGAGAAAAGGUCGUCGCAGCCAUCGUUCUCCUCUUCCACCACCACGACCACAGCCAUUUCAGCCGCCGCCGUCGCUGCCGCCGCUGUAUCUCAACUUCAUCAUAACGUGCAGCCACCUUCGGAUCCAUUCAUAGCGUCUGUGCUCCAUUCCAGGCAGAAUCCACGGCCCGGUCGUUUGCUCUUGGAAAACGUCAACAAUCGGCCGCAGACCAUGGACCGAGGCACGCAGGCAAACACGGACGGCGCCGCUGAGGUGAUCACAGAAGCCCCAACCACCAGUAAUGGUCCGACAAACAACGAACUG